AACAAAUUUCAACGACAAAAAACCGAAUCGGGAAGAUUUUGUGCUGCGUUUCUUCCUGCUAUUUUAUCAGUGGAAAAACUAUUUUUCUUCGUUUCUCUUCACAAACUAUGUCUAUAACAAUAACUAUGUUAAGAUAAGUGAACGAAACGGCGUUACAUUUAAGUCUUACAACUAUAAUCUUAUACGAAUUAAGAACAAACUCAACGUGAAGUCGGGCGUCGACCGGUCCAUCCCUCCUACCGUAACCGUCGGCGACUCCGCCGCCUGUCAGUCGCAAUCUUCAUUUUGUAUCGGCGCCUCGCGCGGUCUCGGAACGCGGGUGCAUUUUCAAAAGUGUUGUGAGGUGCAGUGUCGGUCGGCGCGACCGUUUAAUGUGUUCAGUGCCGGCGUUAGUAAAGCAAGUCGAGGCGCGCGGCGUGGUUCGCGAUGGUUGACAUGGAUAGGAACGACCCGGAGCUCCGGUAUCUGUCGGUGGAUCGGAACAGCUUCAACGAUCCGGCCACUCAGGCGGAAUGGACGCAGAAGCGUUUAGUAUGGGUGCCCCACGAGACGCAAGGGUUCGUGGCGGCUGGGAUCAAGGGGGAGAGAGGAGACGAGGUGGAAGUGGAGAUCGCAGAGUCGGGGAAGCGGAUGCUGGUCCAGAUAGAUGACAUCCAGAAGAUGAAUCCUCCCAAGUUUGACAAGGUGGAGGACAUGGCGGAGCUGACAUGCCUGAAUGAAGCAUCGGUGCUGCAUAACAUCAAGGACAGAUACUACUCUGGCCUCAUUUAUACAUACUCCGGCCUCUUCUGCGUGGUGGUCAACCCGUACAAGAAGCUGCCCAUCUACACGGAGAAGAUCAUGGAGAGGUACAAAGGCAUAAAGAGGCACGAGGUACCGCCACACGUCUUCGCCAUCACCGACACAGCAUACCGCUCUAUGUUACAAGAUCGCGAAGACCAGUCCAUCCUCUGCACAGGAGAAUCGGGCGCCGGAAAGACAGAAAAUACGAAAAAAGUCAUACAGUACCUCGCGUAUGUCGCUGCCUCAAAACCUAAAGGAUCUGGAGCGGGACCCUCACCACAGUUGAUAAUAGGCGAAUUAGAACAACAAUUAUUGCAAGCCAACCCCAUACUUGAAGCGUUUGGUAACGCGAAAACAGUCAAAAACGACAACUCAUCAAGAUUCGGCAAAUUCAUAAGAAUAAACUUCGACGCGUCCGGCUACAUAGCCGGCGCGAAUAUCGAGACGUACCUUUUGGAGAAGUCGCGCGCCAUACGCCAGGCGAAAGACGAGCGGACCUUCCACAUCUUCUACCAGCUCCUGACCGGCGCGACGCCGGAGCAGCGCGCGGAGUACAUACUUGAAGACCCGAAGAGUUACCAUUUCCUGUCCAAUGCUGCGUUACCAGUGCCCGGGAUCGACGACGCCCUGGAGUUCCAAGCCACCAUUAAGUCAAUGAACAUCAUGGGCAUGAACAAUGAGGACUUCAACUCGAUAUUCAGAAUAGUCUCGGCGACGCUGCUGUUUGGAUCUAUGCAAUUCAAGCAGGAGAGGAACUCCGACCAGGCUACGCUGCCUGAUAACACUGUUGCUCAAAAAAUUGCUCAUUUACUCGGUCUCUCCGUAACGGAGAUGACAAAGGCCUUCCUCAAGCCGAGGAUCAAAGUCGGUCGCGACUUCGUAACGAAAGCGCAGACGAAAGAACAAGUAGAAUUCUCAGUGGAAGCCAUCGGCAAAGCGUGCUACGAGCGGCUCUUCAGGUGGCUCGUCAACAGGAUCAACAGGUCUCUAGACAGGACCAAGAGGCAAGGAGCUUCCUUCAUCGGUAUCCUCGAUAUGGCCGGUUUUGAAAUCUUCGACCUCAACUCGUUUGAACAGCUAUGCAUCAAUUACACAAAUGAAAAGCUCCAACAGCUUUUCAACCACACCAUGUUCAUCCUAGAACAGGAGGAGUACCAGCGGGAAGGCAUAGAAUGGAAGUUCAUCGAUUUCGGCCUCGAUCUCCAGCCGACUAUCGACCUUAUUGACAAACCCAUGGGCAUCAUGGCCUUGUUAGACGAGGAAUGUUGGUUCCCCAAAGCCACAGAUAAAACUUUCGUCGAGAAGUUGGUCUCCGCUCACUCCGUCCACCCCAAAUUCAUGAAGACCGACUUCCGUGGCAUCGCUGACUUCGCGAUCAUCCACUACGCUGGUAAAGUAGACUAUUCCGCCGAGAAAUGGCUGAUGAAGAACAUGGACCCGCUGAACGAAAAUGUGGUAUCCCUUCUUCAGUCUUCCCAGGAUCCGUUCGUAUGUCACAUCUGGAAGGACGCUGAGAUCGUCGGCAUGGCACAGCAAGCCAUGACUGACACUCAAUUCGGUGCCAGAACGAGAAAGGGCAUGUUCAGAACAGUCUCUCAAUUGUACAAGGAGCAGCUGACAAAACUUAUGGCCACACUCAGAAACACAAACCCGAACUUCGUCAGGUGUAUCAUUCCUAACCACGAAAAGAGGGCGGGUAAGAUAGAAGCCCCUCUGGUCUUAGAUCAGCUCAGAUGUAACGGUGUGUUGGAGGGCAUCAGGAUAUGCAGACAAGGAUUCCCUAACCGCAUUCCAUUCCAGGAGUUCAGACAGCGAUAUGAACUGCUCACUCCCAACAUCAUCCCUAAAGGUUUCAUGGACGGAAAGAAGGCAUGCGAGCAAAUGAUCGAGGCCUUAGAGCUCGACCAUAACCUCUACCGCGUUGGUCAGUCAAAGAUCUUCUUCAGAGCUGGUGUACUGGCCCACUUGGAAGAGGAAAGAGAUUAUAAGAUUACGGACUUGAUUGUGAACUUCCAGGCGUUCUGCCGAGGGUUCCUGGCCAGACGGAACUACCAAAAGAGAUUGCAGCAACUGAAUGCGAUCAGAAUUAUCCAGAGGAACUGCGCAGCUUACCUCAAGCUCAGGAAUUGGCAAUGGUGGAGAUUAUACAUAAAGGUGAAACCUCUCCUAGAAGUGACGAAGCAGGAGGAGAAGCUUACGCAGAAGGAAGACGAGCUCCGCCAGAUCCGCGACAAGCUGGACACACAGAUGAAGCGCUGCCAGGAGUACGAGCAGAAGUUCCAGCAGGCCAGCGCCGAGAAGACGCAGCUGGCUGAGCAGCUGCAGGCGGAGUUGGAGCUAUGCGCCGAAGCGGAAGAAUCGCGCGCACGCGCAGCGGCCAGGAAGCAGGAGUUGGAGGAACUACUGCAUGACCUGGAGGGCAGGAUCGAGGAGGAGGAGGAGAGAUGUAGCGCGCUGCAGCAGGAGAAGAAACGGUUGCAGCUUAACAUUCAGGACCUCGAAGAACAAUUGGAAGAGGAAGAGGCGGCGCGGCAGAAGCUGCAACUGGAGCGAGUGCAGUGCGACGCCAAACUGAAGAAGUUGGAAGAAGACCUGGCGCUUAGCGACGACACCAACCAGAAACUCGUCAAAGAAAAGAAGAUCCUAGAAGAACGUGCCAACGACCUUUCACAAGCGUUAGCCGAAGAAGAAGAAAAGGCUAAACACCUCAGCAAGCUAAAGGCGAAGCAGGAGUCUGCCAUCGCUGAAUUAGAAGAAAAACUGCUUAAAGACCACCAGCUCAGGCAGGAGGCGGAUCGCGCUAAACGCAAGCUGGAAACUGAGUUGCAAGAUGUCAAGGAGCAGCUGGUUGAGAGGAAAGCGCAGUUGGAUGAGCUGCAGAUUGUGCUUGCGAAACGCGAGGAGGAGCUGGCCGUGGCGAUCAGCCGCGCCGACGAGGAAGGCGCGCUCCGCGCGGCCGCGCAGAAGGCGGCGCGCGAGGCGGAGUCGGCGCUGGCCGACGCGCACGAGGACCUGGAGGCCGAGCGCGCCGCGCGCACCAAGGCCGAGAAGCUGCGCCGCGACCUCAACGAGGAGCUGGAGGCGCUCAAGAGCGAGCUGCUCGACUCGCUCGACACCACCGCCGCUCAACAAGAGCUCCGCUCCAAGCGUGAGCAAGAAGUAGCAGUUCUAAAGCGAAGCCUGGAAGAAGAAGCUACUACCCACGAGAGCUCACUGGCUGAACAGCGGCACAAGCACUCUCAGGAGCUGCAGCAGCUCAUGGAACAACACGAGCAGAUCAAGAAGGCUAAAGCUGGCCUUGAGAAAGCCAAGCAAACCCUCGAAGCAGAGAAUGCCGACCUAGCCACGGAGCUGAAGUCAGCCAGUGCGGCGCGAGCAGAAGGCGAGCGCCGCCGCAAGCAGGCUGAAGCACAGCUGGCUGAACUAGCCGCUAAGUUGCAGGAGAACGAGAGAUCACGGGCGGAGGUUCAAGAGAAAUGUGUGCGACUGCAGAGCGAGGCGGAGCAAGCCCUAGCACAGCUGGAGCAGGCUGAGCUUAAGGCCUCGGCCGCCGUCAAGCAGGCCGCCACCAUCGGCGCGCAACACGCCGAGGCCCAGGCCCUACUGGAGGAAGAGACGAAACAGAAGCUAGCCCUGCAGACGCGCCUGCGCAAUGUGGAGCAACAGCUCGAACAAGCCCGCGAUCAGCUGGACGAAGAAGAGGAGGCGAAGAAGAACUUCGAGAAACAGGUCGCCGCCCUCACUAUCCAAGUGGCUGAAGCCAAGAAGAAGGCGGAAGAGGAAGCGGAAGCGGCGGCUAUAUUGGAAGAAGCGCGCAAGAAGCUCAGCAAAGAUAUCGAGGCCCUACACCGACAGAUCGACGAGCUGCAGCAGGCCAACGACAAACUUGACAAGAGUAAAAAGAAGAUCCAAGCGGAACUGGAAGACACAAACAUCGAAUUGGAAGCGCAGCGUGGCAAGGUCAUGGAACUCGAGAAGAAACAGAAGAGCUUCGACAAGGUGGUGGCGGAGGAGCGCGCGGUGGCGGAGCGCUACGCGGCCGAGCGCGACCAGGCGGAGCGCGAGGCGCGCGACAAGGAGACCCGAGUGCUCUCGCUCACGAGGGAACUGGACGAUGCCGCUGAAAAGAUCGAAGAACUAGAACGCACGAAGCGUCUCCUACAGUCCGAGCUCGACGAGCUCGCGAACACGCAAGGAACCGCCGACAAGAACGUGCACGAGUUGGAGAAGGCGAAGCGAGCGCUCGAGUCCCAGCUGGCUGAGCUCCGGGCCCAGAAUGAGGAGAUCGAAGAUGAUCUGCAGUUGACUGAGGAUGCUAAGCUGCGUUUGGAAGUCAAUAUGCAGGCCAUGCGAGCGCAGUUCGAGAGGGAUCUCCAGGCCAAAGAAGAGCAAGGAGAGGAGAAGCGACGCGGCAUCGUGAAGCAGCUCCGCGACUUGGAGGCGGAGCUAGAAGAGGAGCGCAAGCAACGAGCUGCCGCACUCGCCAUGAGGAAGAAACUCGAAGGCGAGCUCAAGGACGCCGAACAAGCACUACACUUGGCCAACAAGGUGAAGGAGGACGCCACGAAGCAACUGAAGAAGCUCCAGCAGCAACUGAAGGAGGCCGUCCGCGAGGCCGAGGAGGCCCGCGCCGGCAAGGAGGAGGCGUGCGCGGCGGCGCGCGAGGCCGAGCGCCGCGUCAAGGCGCUCGAGGCCGAGGCGCUGCAGCACGCCGAGGAGCUCGCCGGCGCCGAGCGAGCGAGACGGCAGGCCGAGGCCGAGCGGGACGACCUGCAGGACGAGGUCAACAACACCGCCAGCAAGAGUACACUUCUAGUAGACGAGAAGAAACGGCUGGAAGCGCGGAUAGCGGCGCUCGAAGAGGACCUGGACGAGGAGCAGUCCAACAACGAAAUACUCAACGACCGCCUUAGGAAGGCACAGAACCAAAUUGAUCAAAUCACCAUGGAGCUCGGCACAGAGAAGUCCGCCACGCAGAAGCUGGAGAGCGGCAAGCUGGUGCUGGAGCGGCAGAACAAGGAGCUCAAGGCCAAGCUGGCCGAGCUGGAGACUGCACAGAGGACCAAGACCAAGGGCGUGAUCACCUCGCUAGAGCUGAAGGUGGCCAACCUGGAGGAGCAACUAGAGGCGGAGUCGCGCGAGCGCCUCGCGCAACAGAAGGCGUCGCGCAAGCUCGACAAGAAGAUGAAGGAGCUGGCCCUGCAACUGGACGAGGAGCGCCGCCACGCCGACCAGUACAAGGAGCAGAUAGAGAAGAUGAACAAUCGCGUGAAGGCGCUCAAACGCCAGCUGGACGAGGCGGAAGAGGAGGUCCAACGCGAGAAGGUCGGGAAGCGCAAGGCGCAGCGCGAGCUCGAGGACAUCCUCGAGACGCACGAGACGCUCACGCGCGAGUGCAACAACCUGCGCAACAAGCUGCGGCGGCAAGGCGGCGGUCCCAUCGGUCUCUCGAGCGGGUCGUCCUCGUCGCGCAUGAAGCGGUCCUCGCUCGCGCCCGGCGGCGGCUCGGGCGACGAGUCGUUCGACGACGUCAACGACACCACCAACAGCGUCGAGUAGACCCUGACACGGCAACACGGCUCAAAACAUGUAGGCCACACGUUUAACCUUCCAACGAAUCAAUUCUAUUUGGACCUUAAAUCAUUGACAUAAAGUUGACAUUGAAACAACUGAUGUAAAUCAGCUGUGAGAGAAAAUGUACGGGUUAGCGCCUGACAAUAAGCUUACGAUCAAUGUCAGACAGAGACUUCGUUUUUGCUCAGCGUAGCAUUUUUGCGUUAUACUAUGUAUUUCAAUCGGGUCAGCUAACUACAUAGCACAAGCAUUUGUCUCGCUUUGUCAAGAGUCUUAUGCCUUGAUUUAAAUGAGAAACUUAUUGUUUUUAACUGUUUUAACAUUAAUCAUGUAGCAAUGCCGAACUUCACUAUUUCUUACCAAUCAAAUCUUUAAAUUUAAUAUCUAGAUUUAUUACAUAAAGUUGUCAAUAUCGCCUCAUAUAAUCGCGAAGGAGUGCUUGCUAUUUAUCAUUGCGUCUGGCUACAUGAUAUAUUUAAGCAAGAAGUUAUUGCAAAGAUGGUAGAGGUCUAUAGGUUAUGUACCGUAAAACGGGGUGACUUUAGGAAAGAUUGGGGAUAAUUUGAUAGUUUUAAAACUGCCACUAAAUUAGCAUUAUUCAUUAUUUUCACGAACUGUUCGUGUAACAAGUUAGAUUAUUAUACAUUCUUGUUUACCUACUACUAAUAAUUCCGAAUAAAAUAUGUUACGGCUGAAAAACUGAAACUUCGAAGUCGCCCCUGCAUUUCAAAGUCACCCCAGUUUACCAGUACCCAUUGAACAGGGUGAUACAAAUAUUUCAACUUAAUUUUGUAUUUUUGUAUCUAAAAAUGCGUUUUAUUUUCAUUGUUAUAUUUUAUUAAAAUGAUCAUGUCUGUAUCACGCCUGAAAUACUUUCAUUUUUUUUUGUUCAUUUUGAUUUCGAAGAGCAAAAUUGUGGUUUUGCCUGCAGUAGUGAAGUUCGUAUAAGUGUCGUUCGUCGAAUGGUUAAUCUCACAGAAAAUUGUUAUUUUGAUAUUAUUACAUUAAGUUUUUUUUUCAUCAGCAGCAGAGAGAUAACACAUUUAUUACAUUAAAUAAUAAAAUUUUAAACUUAUUUAAAAACAGUUGUACGGUAGAAAGAAGAGAAAUCUAAUCUUCAAGGUUGGGUAUUCCACAGCCGUCUUCAGAUCCAAAUCUUUCUAUCCUUCUUCUCGUUCCUCUAAUUCUUAGAGAGACCGCUCUGAUUAUUGAUAUUUGUAUUAUAUUACAUUAAGUUGAAAACUACGUUAAAAUUGCCAUUCAUUAUGUUUGUUUCCAAUAGUAAUUAUAAUGUUAUAUUGUUUUGAGGCCGUGUUGCUAAGUUAGUACAGAGUUAGGUCCGCGCCGUCAGUUUGUAAUAUAUGUAUUACUGUACACCCCAAACCAUAUCGCCUGAUAAUGAAUUGUCCUAAUGAAAUAGAAACAUUUUGCAUGUCUGUUGUAAAAAUAUUUGCGACUUGGAUGCGCCCAUAUCGGAUUUGUUUUUAUACGAAUAUUGUACAUCUUUUUUUGUUUACUACACUGCAAAAGAGACAAGACGUGGCAAAAGUCGAGUUGUGUUAGUUAUUUUGUUAUUUAAGCAACUCCGAUAUGGAUGCACCUUUAAAUGUUGUUUUAUGCAUUUAACGGUCUGCGAAUCUCUACGCAUUAAAUUUUUUUUACGCCAUCAUAUCAAGCAUUUUUAUAAAUUGGAGCAUACACAGUCCAGUAUUAAUAACGGAACAUUCCUGACAAUGGAGAGUUUGCUAUUUUACCUUUGACCUAGUCUAGCGGGUAAAAUGUUGAAAUUACUCAUUGGGUGAUAUUGUGAUGAAAUUAAAAAAAAGAAAAAAAAAAGUAUUAUUAAUAGUGGCAAAAGUACUUCAUAGUGAUUGGUUUAUUUGAAGCGACUGAGUAAUGAAGACUGUUGCGACAAUAUCGAGUCCCCCAAAAGCAUUCUGGUUCACUUUUGCUUCCAAACUGGGCGCGUGCGAUUGUCGACGUUCGACAAUGUUCGAUGUUCGACAAUGUUCGACAACGCUCAGCCGCGCUCAGACGGUUGCUUGUACAUGUAAAUAAUAUCAGUGGUUGACACUGAGCGCUUAGUUGCCAUACAAAUUUAAUGAUACCUAGUAGUUAAGUAAGAACAUGGAAGCUUUCGGUGUGUGGCGUGGUGGCGUGGCGGGGAAACUAGCAGUCAGUCCAAAAAUAGACUAAAAUCACUUUUGUGAUUUAUCAAGCUAUUGUUGAACUGUCCAAUGACUUAUUGUAAUAACUGCCCCAAUACAACGAUAAUUACUACAGUAUUUUAUAAAAAAAAUACAGUUUUAUAUACAGUACAAAUCCUACCGUUGCCGCCACGCCUCGUGGGUGUUUUAACAGAUUUUAUUAACUAUACCUUGUACUCCUUGGAUUUGUAAAUACACCGCUCUCGGCAUGCGGGCAAUGUUGCCAGGCGUCGACACGGCUUGCGUUACUCUUAGACUUAGAUAAGACACAUAGUAAUAAAUUGUGGCCUUAGGUUUUUAUAUGGUUAACAUUCUCCUACGUGAGAAAUUUUGAUACACCCGAUGUAACUUUGCGAGCAUUUUAUAUGACUAUUUACCGAAGUCUAAUUAUUAUAUAGUUUCUUUUUCUGAAUAAUAAUAUAAAAUUUAAAUGUAAGUAAACCAUUGAAGCAUAAACAUAUUUUACAUAAAUAUUAUAUUUAAUUAUUAACAAUUAUAGAUAAUUGUAAAAUUGGCCAUAGGUUGUAACAAGUUAUCAGUUGGUAUGCCAAUUAAACAAUUUUUCAUGAUUUUUAA